GUGACGUUGAGAUGCACCAAUCAUUCGCGGAGGAGUAGAUGGCGUAUGGCAGACUCUACUUCCCCAAGAAAGGCACACACGCGAAAAAAAUCAAAGGGCGGUGCAAAAGCUGAUCCCAUCACACAGACGGACCUGCAAAGAUCAUCCGUCAGAAGCAAUCGCAACGUGGUAUCCGUCAUCAAAGGCGCAGGCGACUCUUGCCGUUGCGGGAGAGAAAUCAAGGGGACAUGGCCGGGAUCUUGGCUUGGUUUUGGAACGAGAGGUUCUGGCUGCCACAUAAUGUAACCUGGGCUGACUUAAAAAACACAGACGAGGCAACCUUCCCGCAAGCCGAAGAUCUCUAUCUGGCUUUCCCCUUGGCAUUGGGCAUCUUCAUGAUACGCCUGGUUUUCGAGAGGUUCAUUGCAAAGCCAUGUGCCCUGGGUUUGAAGAUCCAAGCAAACGGCCCCCAGAAGGCUCAGCCAAAUGCUAUUCUGGAGAAAGUCUUUACUUCUAUUACCAAGCACCCAGACGAGAAGCGGUUAGAAGGCCUGUCCAAGCAGCUAGACUGGGAUGUGAGGACCAUCCAACGUUGGUUCCGGCAUCGGCGGAACCAGGAGAAGCCCAGUACGCUGACCCGCUUCUGCGAGAGCAUGUGGAGAUUCACCUUUUACCUCUACAUAUUCACCUACGGAGUGCGCUUCCUGAAGAAGACCUCCUGGCAAUGGAACACCAGAGAAUGCUGGUACAACUACCCUUACCAGCCACUGACCAUGGACAUCCAUUACUACUACAUAGUGGAGCUGUCCUUCUACCUCUCCCUAUUGUUCUCCCAGUUCACGGACAUCAGGAGGAAGGACUUCCUGAUCAUGUUCCUGCACCACCUGGUGACCAUCUCCCUCAUCACCUUCUCCUAUGUGAACAACAUGGCUCGGGUGGGGACUCUGGUCAUAUGCCUUCAUGAUGCUGCCGACGUCUUGAUGGAGGCCGCUAAAAUGGCCAACUAUGCGAAGUGCCAGAGACUCUGCAACGUGAUUUUCGUCAUGUUUGCGCUGGUCUUUAUCAGUUCCAGGCUGGGUGUUUAUCCCAUUUGGAUUUUAAACAGCACGCUGUUUGAAAGCUGGGAGAUCGUGGGCCCGUUCCCAUCCUGGUGGGUCUUCAAUGUUCUGCUGCUCCUACUGCUCCUGCUGCACUCAUUCUGGUCCUACCUGAUCGUGAGGAUCGCCUGCAGGGCCGUGUCCCGGGGAAAGGCGGGGAAAUGGAACCCUUUGCAUGUGUCCAAAGAUGACCGAAGUGACAUAGAGUCCAGCUCCGAUGAGGAGGAAGGCUCUCCCCCGACACAGAAACUCCAUAACAGUGCCACCAACGGCACCAGCGGGGCCAACGGGACCAACGGUUAUCUGUCGGGGCCGUCGUGUCGGGACGAACACUGACCAGGCCAGAUCUGGACUUUUCGGCCACCAUACAGAUGUCUCUGACACCAUUUAUAGAUACAUGUAUGUAAGACCUGAAUCUGAUUGGCUGUCUGAUACUGGAAGUCCUUGAUAUGAUCUAUGAUUUUUUUCCCCACACUGAUUUCUUUGGUUUACUUCUUUUCAUAUAUAUCUGCGGCAAAAGGCAGUCAAUGACAAUUCCAUAUUGACAAUGGUAAAGCAUUCUUUUCGUAAAUGGAAAAAAAAAUUGAAUGAAUGAAAGAACGGAAAUGGAAAUUUCACCUUCUGUUGUUAGCAUGCCAUGUAUUUGUAGUUUAUCUUAAAGGGAGUACUUUUUUUCCCACGUUCAAGUCUUUGUACUUUAUUUUUUUGUGUACUUGUUGUGGACAAAGGGAUUUUUGCUACCUUUUAAUGAAUUAGGUAAUCAGUGUUUAAUCUGCUAAGUUGUGAUUCAGCUGCUGCUGUCACUGGCUUCUGACAUCUUUCAGAGCUGUUCAUCCACGUUAUAAUCGCCCUGCGAUCUUGUCUGUUCUGUCCGUGGGCAGUGACGUCAGGUCUCUCACAUGCCUCCGACAUAUGUCUCCAUGCCAGCGAGACGAUGUAUACCAGUAUUACGCGUGUCGGCGGCUUAACAGCGUACAAAUAUUUGGCCAUGGUGUAAUUGGGGGUAUAUGCAAAUUUCACUUUGUAGUUGGUGCAUAUUUUAUUCAAUGAACGUGCCAUUUAAUAGAGGAACUGCACUAAUCAAACAUUUCCAGCUGGAAUGGACAUGAAAUGCCAUCUUAAAAAAUAAAAUUGUCUCAUUGCCUUUAGUUGACAUCGUUAAACAUUUAGGCUAGCUUGUUUUUCAUAAGGUAUAGUAUUAGCUGUUAAAUGAAAAUUCAUAAUUAAAUUGUUUUUGAAAGUUACCAAAAACUGCCAGUGUUUGAAAUGCAGCAGUAAUGCAUGCAUAGGUUACAGGCGAUCGCGAUUAAGGGUGUUUUUGGUGGUGUUGCCGUGUGGGAUGUAGGCUUACUGAUCCGCUAUAAACGAAAGAUUGUCGUCGACACACAUACGGUAAACGCAGAAACCUCCGUGAAUAAAGGUACGGUGCUCAGCAGUUAAGUUUCUGUCAUGGAACAAGCACUUUACUGGGACAAAUAUCUGAAUGAUAUGAUGAAAGUUUCUGUGUAGAGACGUAUUUGGGUUUUGACGACUUUAGGUUUAAAUUGUGGGGAUUAUAGGCCUAUGAGCAAUCUACAACUAAAAUAUCCACACAGCCCUCAAAAACAUUACAUGUCUUUUAAGAAUAAAAGCUAACUUCAGUUUUCCAGCUGCUCCUCAUCUUUCCAUUAAUUUUUUUAUUAUUAAUUAUUAUUUGUGCAGCGAUAGUAUGAUGUCAACAUUGAAAGCAGAUCAUUUUCAAUGGUGCACAUUCAGGUGCCUUAACAUUACCCCCUCGUGGAGUCAGUGAUUUAUCCUCUCCAGUCCAUUACUUACAGAAAUACAAUGAACUGUCCAGCAAAAGGUUUGAGUGAAGUAACUACAAUGCCUUUACUUUUAAAUACACCCCCAGUUUACAUGCACAAGCGGUGCCAUGCCGCACCAGUCAGUAUUGUGGAUUGCUUGGUUUCUUAGCUUAACACGCAAAUUUAAGUUUUGAGGCGGUACAAAUAAAAAUGUGGCUUUGUAUUGAAGAAAGAUCUUGAACAAAAUGCUGUGAUAUAUCCUUUCCUUUGGACGGCGAUGGCUUUGCAUUCCGACGCCAAAUGGUGCCCCUGUAAAGCUCUGCUUUUUGUUGCAAUGUGUUAUUUCUCAGUUUCAUGUAUCCGUGGCAAGAUGAAUGUUUUUUUUUUUUUUUUCUGCAUUCAGUUCAUAAAGCUGCAAUUGACCAAACGGAGUCUACGCCGUACCUCUAAGGGUACAACUGCAAUGCUCUGCCUUGGACGCAAAAGCCAGCAGCGUCUGGUGCGAAAUCCUUUGCUCUCGCCGCCGCACCACGACGUUUUCAGCUCCUGUUAAGAGUGUUACACUUACACAUGGGGAAUAUAUAUUUUUUUUUUUAUGUGAGCAAUUGUAGGAAAAUGGAUUUCAAGUGUAAAGUGAUAUGCUGGGAAAGCAGAUUGUGUUUGCUUUAGGAUUUAUUUAUUGGUAACUUGUAAUAAAUGCAGAACUUAAAAGUC